CCGGGCGAACAGCAGGCCGAGGACGCAGACACGCGGCGAGAGCAUCGCCUGGAGCGCAGGGUCCCGGGCCCCCAGCCGCCCUCAGGCGCCGAGAUGCAGGGAGUCGCGAACCGCCGCCUCGGGCAGUCCCCCGCACAGGUGACCGCGGCGCCCCCGCUCCUGCUGCUGCUCCUGCUCUCCUGUUGCACGGAGCCUGGCCGAGGUGCUCCAGUAUUGCCUCAAGGAUUACAGCCUGAACAAGAGCUACAGUUAUGGAAUGAGAUAGAUGAUGCUUGCUCAUCUUUCUUGUCCAUGAAUUCUCAGCCCCAGGCAUCCAGUGCACUGGAGGAGCUUUGUCUCACAAUUCUGGGGACUCUAGCAAAGCCCCAGGAAAUAGAUGAAAAAGAUAACACCAAAAGGUUCUUAUUUCAUUAUUCAAAGACACGAAAGUUGGGCAAUUCAAAUGUUGUGUCAUCUGUCCUGCAUCCGCUGCUGCAGCUCGUUCCGCAACUGCAUGAGAGAAGAACGAAGAGAUUCAAAGUGGACGAAGAAUUCCAAGGUCCUAUUGUAAGCCAAAAUCGAAGAUAUUUUUUAUUCAGGCCGCGCAAUGGAAGAAGAUCAGAAGGUUACAUUUAAAAUGAAUGCCACCCAUUUUUUGCAGGAGCAAUGCCAUGGAAUACAAAAUAUACUGACUUCUUUUUUUCUUCUUAAAAGCAGUCCUUGCUAAGUUUACAAGUUUGAGAAUCUCUGUAUUGUAAAAGUUUUCAGUAAAAGCUGAUUGAUAUUGUAAAUGUUUAAUUUGUUGAAAAUUAAAAAAGCAUCUUAAAAUAUUUUUUCCUUAGUGUUGUAAUGAGAAAUAGUGUAUAAUAAAGCUGUUAAUAAUGAUGUUCCUUA